AUGUCGUCAACAGGAGCUGAGAUCGAGCGUCCAGUGCCUGGAAAGGUCUACAUCGGCCUGGAUUUUGGAACGUCGGGCUGCCGAGCUGCUUGUCUCAACCACAAGGCUGAGCUGAUCUCGGAGUCCUCUGUGCCUUAUGGAGAUGCGAGUGGCCCUGCGGAGUGGAGAGAGGCGCUGCAGAAGGUCGUUGCAGGCUUGCCAGAGCGCGGCCAGGCAGCCUCCAUCUGUAUCGACGGCACUUCCGCCACUGUGCUGCUGUGCUCAGAGGAUGAUGGGCGUGUGGCCGCAGGCCCGUUGAUGUACAACUACAGCUGCAGCGCUGAGGCUAUUGAGAGAUGCAGAGCCAUGCUGCCAAAUCCAGACCACACUGCCUCCGCACCCACCUCUACGCUGUCCAAGGCUUGGGAAUUCAUCCUCGGGGGCCAUGACAGCCCUGGACACAGGCUUGUGCAUCAAGCGGACUGGUUGGCUGCAUUGGCGAUUGGACGUGGCUCGUCCAUCCCAGGCACAGACUACCACAAUGCUUUGAAACUUGGCUAUGACAUUGAAGCACUGUGCUGGCCCGAGUGGCUGCUUGCAGAGCAGCGGGUGGCCAAGCUCCUCCCACGCAGAGUAGUGGCUCCAGGGACAACUUUGGGCCACGUGGGCGCAGAUUCAGCCAAGUGGCUUGGACUGCCCGAGUCGUGCCGUGUCCUUGCUGGCACGACGGAUUCAAUUGCAGCCUUCCUCGCUUCGGGCACGACGCAGGUCGGUGAAGCCGUCACAUCCCUGGGCUCCACCAUGGCCAUCAAGAUGCGCAGCCUUGUUCGCGUAGAGGAUGCAGCCUUCGGGGUCCGGGCCCUUGCGUGGGCACGUUUCGUUGACAAUCAGAGGUCUACUCAAGAGCCGGUGCUGCGGCCAGGACACGUGCAAGCAGCUGGCUUUGUAGGGGUCGUCCAAGCGGUACACUUCCAGCUGUCAACGGGCAAGCUUUGUAUUCCGGCGCCCUCAAAAGCCAGGUCUACAGCCACCGCCUGGGCGGCGACCCGCUCCAAUGGCUUGCGCGAGGGCCCAGAUAUGCACAGCAAUGUACGAAUUCUACGUGUAUCCCUGCCACUUUUUCCCUUGAAAGCUUGUGAGAGCUUCUUGCCCCUCCGCUACAUCGCUGCAGCACAUGCCGGGCAUCUACAGGCAACUAGAAGACAGGCAGACGACAUGGUUGCUGACAACUGCUUCGUGAAGACGUGCAUAUCGGCUGGGGCAGCGGGCCUUUGGAGGAGCGCGGCGGUCAUGUGUUGCCAGUGGUAUGCGUGGAACGUGUCUUUGCUAGAGAAGGCAAAGUUCAAGGUCCUUUGUGCACACUUCUCAUCUGUGGAUUUCCUGGAGCCUCGAAUUCCGAAGCCGCCGCUGGGAGUAGAGACGCUUCGGAGCCCGUGCUGUUGGCUGAUCGUGGGCAUGGUGAUCGUUUGCGUGUUGGCAGUAGCCACUUGCCCUGUCGAUUCGACUCUCAGUUGCUGGCCUCGUACGCCGUGCCUUGCAAGAUGGGCGAUCCGGGACUUCGAACCUGAUGUGUUAUUGGGAUUUUCCUGGGGCGGCGGCUUGAUUGUUUGGCUGCUGGCAGAAGGGGAGUGGGGAGGCCCGACAGCAUCUUGGCAUGAGGUGUUCCAUAAGAAGCUGCAUCCUUUCGCCUUUUGUGACUUGGAAGGAGCUGAGUGCAGCUGGCUGCACUGUACACCUUUGCGCCCCUUGCACGCAGUUUGGUGCCAGUUGAUCCAGGAUGCUUCCGCCAGCUCUUGGGUGACGCAGAAGGCCGAGACCGAGAGGAUGUUCUCGGCAAAGCCAACCUUUAAGGAGCUGCGGCUUCAACCCCUCGACCGGCGUGCAACCUUUUCUUCAAGCUUGCCUAACUUCUCCAAGCGUUUGCCACACGUGCAGCCUACAGCAGGCUUCUUCGGCGCUGUUCUAUCCAUGCUUGUGAGGCGAACGCGACGCGGAUCGGAAGCAGGAAACACACCAGAUAAGGCAAAUGUGGUGAAUGCCGUGUGGCUUCAAACCAGGUUGGAGGAGCUUCCAACACUGGAGGUGUGGUUCUUCGCAGCUUUCCAGCACGUUAAUGACUAUGCUCAUACGAGUGAGUUGGACGAGACCAUCAGUGAUCCGACAUCGUGGGUUGCAGCACUCCGGCAGGCACUGAAGCAGCUCAGUGAGGAAAUCGAUCCCAACGCCGAUUCAGGCCCCAUCCAUUCCAGCCAGCGCUUCCCCGUGUGCGACAGCACCCUGGAGCCACGCCUCGAGCCGCGCCCUGCCUCAGAUGCCCAAUUCCUGCACGGCAUCCUUGAGGGAAUGGCGAAGAUCGAGGCCGCUGGAUACGGAAAGCUCGCUGAGCUCGGGGCUGGCGACGUUCGUCGUGUCGUGACCGCUGGGGGCGGCGCCAAAAAUGCAAAGUGGUGCCAAAUCCGACAGCGCCUCAUCGGAGUGCAGGUCCAGAGCGCCGAGUGGACCGAGGCAGCCUGCGGGAGUGCCUUGCUUGCCCUGCGAGGACCCAGCCUGCUUGGCUGA